CGGCAGGCCGAGGGGGAGGUGCGGGUUGGGAGAAGGGACAGGUACGGGCAGAGCUCGGGGGUUGGCACCAGUUCGCGCACUCAUUCAAGCGGCAGUACGCACUUGUCCCAGCAGUUCUAGCUGACCGCAGUAGCUGCGUCUUCUGCGCUCCAGCACCCUGAGCUCAUCUGCAAACGUCCUGGCGUCCGUCCUCACCAUGCCUAGCCUUUGGGAUCGCUUCUCGUCGUCCUCUUCGUCCUCGUCCUUGUCCCGAACUCCCAACCCAGAUCAGCCGCCACGCUCAGCCUGGGGGUCGGCGGCCCGAGAAGAGACACUCGGCCGCUGCGCGAGCCUGGAGAGCUCGGACUGCGAGUCCCUGGACAGCAGCAACAGUGGCUUCGGGCCGGAGGAAGAUUCUUCAUACCUGGAUGGGGUGUCCCUGCCCGACUUCGAGCUGCUCAGCGAUCCCGAGGAUGAGCACCUGUGUGCCAGCCUGAUGCAGCUGCUGCAGGAGAGCCUGGCCCAGGCACGGCUGGGUUCGCGGCGCCCCGCGCGCCUGCUGAUGCCCGGCCAGCUGGUGAGCCAGGUGGGCAAAGAACUACUGCGCCUGGCCUACAGCGAGCCGUGCGGCCUGCGGGGGGCGCUGCUAGACGUCUGCGUAGAGCAGGGCAAGAGCUGCCACAGCGUGGGUCAACUGGCUCUCGACCCUAGCCUUGUGCCCACCUUCCAGCUGACCCUCGUGCUGCGCCUGGACUCACGCCUCUGGCCCAAGAUCCAGGGGUUGUUUAGCUCUGCCAACUCUCCCUUCGUCCCUGGCUUCAGCCAGUCCCUGACGCUGAGCACGGGCUUCCGAGUAAUCAAGAAGAAGCUGUACAGCUCAGAGCAGCUGCUCAUUGAGGAGUGUUGAACUUGGGCCUGGGGGGGCGAUACUGACCCCAUGACAGAGACAGUUGAACUUUUGGGGUGGACAUUGGCAGUCAGAAGCUGAGGGACUGAUGUCUGUCAUUAGAAAACUGACAACAGCCACCUGCGGGGAGGAAGGUCAAGGUGAGGGGAACACGGUGUUUCCCUAGGAAGCUCACUGAGGUGUGGACAGGUGGCUCCCACUUGGGCUCACACGCCGCCCCUCAGUCCUGUAGCAUGAAACAAAGGCUUAGGGGCCAACCAGGCUUCUGGCUGGAUGUGUAUGUAGCAUGUACCUUAUUAUUUUUAUUGUUACUGACAGUUAAGACAACAGUGGUGUGACAGAGCCAUGAGAGCAGCUGGGCUGCACUGGCAUCUGCAAGGGAUGUGUGCUCACGGCAGCCGGCUCUGGUGGGAGGGGGGAGGUCAUCGAGGUGGUUUGUGUAUCUCAUGGUCUGAAGGGACCAAAUGUUUGUUCUUUGUUGUUUUUGUAUCUUUUUUUUUUUUUUUUUGAUUGGAGCUUCACUACUGACCUGUUCUAGGCAGCUAUCUUACAGACGCAUGAAUGUAAGAGGAGGAGAAGGGGUGGGUGUUGGGAUCACUUGGGGAUCUUUGACACUUGAAGAAAAAAUACACCUGGGAGCUGCGUGUGGCCCAUCCCCGGAUGUGUAGUGAAGGGUUGAACUGUGAGGGGGUGGGGCUGAUUGGGGUGGGGGCUGGAACCCCUCCCCCAGAGGAGUACCAUCUGGGUCUUCCAUCUAGAACUGUUUACAUGAAGAUACUCGCUGUUCAUGAAUACACUUGAUGUUCAAGUAUUAAGACCUAUGCAAUAUUUUUUACUUUUCUAAUAAAAAAAAACAUGUUUGUUAAAA